AUUUCAGGCUUUCACAUAAUACAGAGGAUGUAUGGCUGUGAGCUACGGAAAGACGGGAGCAAAGCAGGGUUUUGGCAGGAUGGCUACGAAGGGAAGACUUUCAUCACCUUCGACAAGGAGACCCGCACUUGGGUGGCUCCCGUCCCCCAGGCCCAGAUCACCCAGAGGAAAUGGGAUGCUCUUCCAGCACAGAAUCAGUACUUUAAGUCCUACCUGGAGAAGGAAUGCAUUGAUUGGCUGCAGAAGUACCUGUCCUACGGGAAGGAGACGCUGCUGAGGACAGAGCCCCCAAGGGUGACGGUGAGAAGCAAGACAGAGUUGGAGGAUGGGAUGGAGACGCACAUCUGCCGCCUGGAUGCUUUCUACCCCAGGGAGAUCGAUGCCUCCUGGACAAGGGACGGGGAGGUCUGGAAGGAGGAGACCUUCAGUGGGUUUCUGGCCCCCAACGCGGAUGGGACCUUCCACUACUGGCUCAGCAUCCGGAUCGACCCCAAAGAGAGGGGCCGCUAUCGGUGCCACGUGGAGCACGACGGCCUGCUGGAGCCUCUGGACCUGGCCCUGGAAGAACCAACCAAUUCAAAAUCCAACUUGGGGCUCAUCAUCGGCUGCGUUGUGGCUGCUCUUGUCCUG